UGCGCGCCGAAAAGCAAGGAAGCAACUGAAGGAGCCGGUGAGAGGGCAAGAGCCAUGCUGCGCCGGGGCCUAGUGGCCGGGCCAGACUUUGAGUAUUUCCAGCGUCGCUAUUUCACGCCGGCCGAGGUGGCCCAACACAACCAGCUGGAAGACCUCUGGGUGUCUUACCUGGGAAACGUGUACGACCUGACGCCGUUGGCACAGGAGUACAAGGGAGACCUGCUGCUGAAACCCAUCGUGGAAGUUGCGGGCCAGGACAUCAGCCACUGGUUCGACCCAGACACCGGAGACAUCCGCAAGCACAUAGAUCCGCUGACCGGUUGCCUGAGAUACCGCACCCCCUGGGGCCGCUUUCUGCACGUGCCACCUCAGCUGCCGCGUUCGGACUGGGCCAAUGAUUUCGGGAAGCCUUGGUGGCAGGGGUCGCGUUACGAGGUGGGGCGGCUGUCCGCCAAGACCCGGACUAUCCGCAUCAUUAACACGCUCACGUCGCAGGAACACACGCUGGAGGUGGGGGCUCUGGAAUCAUUGUGGGAAAUCCUACACCGCUAUCUCCCCUAUAAUGCACAUGCCGCCAGCUACACAUGGAAAUAUGAAGGGAAGAACCUGAACAUGGAUGAUACCCUGGAAGACAACGGUAUCUGGGAUGAGGAGGAAGAGCUUGAUUCUCUCGAUGUGGACAGUACACGCCAUACACCUGCGUUGCUCCUCUACUUCAAUGAUGACCUCACCGAGCUAUAGGGCGGGAGGUGGAUGCUUAUGUAGAGUCAAGACAUUUUGAGUUUAGCUGUUUCUAUGCCCCGUAGGAAAAGAGGUGGGAAUGGGGUGUGUGUGGGGGGGGGAGUGCGCGUGCACGCGCGGCUAGACUUGGUUCCACUCUGGGAGCUGACCUGUGGUUUCCAGGCCCUGCUGAAGCGUAAAGGUCCUACUCCUCCGCUUCAUUACAAUUUACUUUGAGAAAGUUGGGGAGAAUGCCAGAAGUGAAGUAGUUUAUAGGAAUGAUACCAAAAAAACAAAAAACAAAAAACUGUCUUAAGUCAGGGAGAUGUGGAAGAAGAUAGUCAAAUAGAGCUCAGGUGGAGCUUUUUGAUAGUAGGAGAAAGAGAAGUCCUCCUUUCCUGGCGAUGAUGGGAAUGAGGUGGCUGCAAGCUUCCAAAGACAGGAAUAGGGAAUGUCUAUCUCUGGCCAUACAAAACUGGCUUCUCUCUCUCUUGAAUAGUAUUUGGCAGCUGAAACCCAAAAGGGAGAAAGAAAGUGAAUGGUCAUCAGAUAAUUCAGGCCAGAUACUACGCUAUACGCCUUAUACACAUCAUUUAAUAUCACCGCCCAUAGGAUGGGCACCAGCGCCACUAUUGUACAGAUACGUCUUCUGAAGCGUGGCAAGAUUUCAUAGCACAAAAGGCACACUAAUUAAUAACCAGAAUGCAAACCCAGGUCUUCCCAAUUCCAGAGUCCAGGUUCUUUUCAACAUAAAGUUAAUAUCUCAGGGCCCAGGUUCACGGCACAAUGGGAACUCACAGGCCUGUUGUGAAGUCCACUGUGCCGUUGUGUUGUUUGUUUGCUUGUUUUUUUCAUGUACUGUCUUUGGAAGGGAGUUAGCAGAGUUCUGCAGUGGCAGAGAUGAAAACAGGGAAGGCUAAGUGUCAGCCGAGUAAUAGCUAUUGAGGCUACUUCCGGAUGAAUCGGGUUAAUAGCAAAACUUUCCUCUGGGAGUUCCCAUCGUGGCUCAGCAGUUAACGAGCCUGAUUAGCAUCCCCAAGGACUCGGGUUCAAUCC